CCAAAAUGUGUGUUCAUUGUUGUAAUGCUAAUAAACACAAUUCUUAAUUCAUAAUUAUUCUUAUCUUAUUUCAAGUUAUUAUUAUUAAUGUGUAAUUCAUUGAUAUUCGAAAGCAGUUCUUCGAGUUCAUUAUUAAUUAAUUACAACGGUACUUCUGAGAAUGGAGGGUGAAACGGCUAUAGAAAAGUCAGUGAAAGACUUUGUAUUCUCAAAAAUUCAAGAGAAAGUUUAUUUGGAUGUUUCAACUAGUAACACCAUCUGUAUCAAGUCUUGUGCAAAGCAAGGCUCGAUUGCGCUGGCAAUGUUUUGGUUACGCGUUCUGCGACACCAGAAUAACUACCCAAUGCCAAAAUUUCCAUACAAGGAUGUCUAUGAUAAACAAGGAUACUAUAAGGUCAUAUUGAAAGCUGACAGUGUUACCAUUACCACAUUCAUGAGAUGUGGGACAUUGGUGAUGGAAGGGUCCUGGGUCCUGGAAUGGUUCUUAAACACAUUUCCAGCUAUCAUGGAGGGCUAUGACGCACCAAUCAGACAGCCACUGACCAACUCAACUGUGUAUCGACAGUACACAGAGAACUGGAAAAGGGCAAGGGAUGCUGAUACAUUAAGACUAGCUGAAAAAGAGGCAGCAGAGAGGUUAAGUGAGGAUAGAGCACUCGAGAUACUGAAUGAUGAUCGGUCCAGGAUCAUAUCUCAUGCAGACAAGAAUGAGGAUUCAAAAAGUGAUGUAUCAGACAAUGAGGCGACAAAAAGCAUGGCUGAGAUACUGCAACAGGCUGCAAAUGCGGCUGAGAAGGAAGCAGAAGAGGAGUUGGAACUGAUGAUGCUUGAUGUUUGGCCAAAAGACAUACUGGAGAAUCAGUUGGUACAUCUUAAAACUUGCCGUGUCCGUGAUGGCUCUACAUACAUCUACCCACUGUGGAAAUCCCUGCUGCAUACCUGGUUGUCAGACCCUACCCGCAGGGUCUACAUCGUCACACCACAGCUUGACGCAGUUCGGCUCGUAGAUAUAUGCAACAUCGUUCUUCAACACAGAAUUGAGGCAAAUCUGGAUUCCAUCUUUGUCAUGCAAACAUGUGACCAAGGUCAAACAAUUCAUCAGGUGAAAAACAAAGCUCUUUCAAAAUAUGAUGCAAAAGAUCAGAUGUAUAUUGAAUACAAAGUGUAUGGAAGCAUUAUAUACCCGUCAAGGAGAUUUGGGGCAAGUUUUAUAGCGUGCAUCCAUGGCAAAGAAGCAGAGAUCCUGACAACAACUGCUUGCUUUCAUGGCAGCCAUUUUGAUCGAAGUUGUAUGGAUAGUGUACAUUACCAGAAAAUGUCAGAUAUUGAUUUUGUCUCAAAGUUUCUUGCACCAAUAAAUGCCUCUUUACAUGAUGAAAAAUAGGUAUUUAAAAACUUGUCGGUACAUGUUUUUGAUAUCUGUUUCCUCAAAUUAAGCAUUUAAUGUAAAGAAGAAAAUGAUGAAAUGGUAAAAUACUUUAGUGCGCUCAUAACUUCCCAACAAUUUUUUUUAAGCAAUGUUGGAACUGAUAGUGGGCAUAAGUAGUAACAAUUAUGGGAUCUCCAAAUAAGUGAUGAAGACUACACACUGACAAUAGCUACAUGUAUUUUGUUUUGCCAUUAAGGUGGCUAGAUUGUAUAAUGUUAUUAGUCACUUGUAGGGUCUUGUACCUUCUUAGUUACAUGCAUCUAUUUCUGAGUGAAAACAUUAUCAAGUAUUCAUUUAAUAGCCAUUUUCAUAGAGUAUUAAUAUGAUAAAAUUGAAAAAUUAUUUAGAAAACAUUUAGGAAUGUAUGCUAGUAAUAUACAAUAUACGUACCUGUAUUUAUCCAAAUAUAUUUAUCAUAAUUUACUUGUUUAUGCUAUGUCAUUAUUUAAUUAUUUUUGGUCAUUUGAAUUCUACAUACAUUAUAAUUCUGACUGAAACAGCUCCCUUGUAUGCUAUAGAAAAGUUACCAGCAAACAGACACAGUACUUCCAUGUUCAGUAUUUGAUCAAGCAUUUAUUUCUAGCUUUGCAUUGGGCCUAUACUAAGUAGACGUUGAAUGACUGAUAUUUUGCCAUUAGAGUUGAUGUCAUCCUAGUAUUGCAUUUGUUUUUUACUCUUGUCAAAGCAUAUUGUGUGAUAAAUAUGUUAUUCUGUGAUAUAGCUUCAACUUCUUAUGUACAAAAUUGUUUCAUGUUCAUGUAUACGUUAUAGUGUUGAAUAAAACUAUUAUACAUA